CGUGCGUCGUGAGGGUGGGCGGGACCGCGCAAGCGCGCAGCCCGUCCCGGCUCUGGAGCAUAAACAAGAGUGGGUACGGGAUGAGGCGGCAGUUGGUCCCCGCGCAGCGAGAGGCGGCGAGCGGGGCGACCACCCGGACAGGACGUAGAUCCUGAGUGUAGCGUGCUCCCGUGGGCCGUCCGAGUUGAGCCGCGCGCGCUCCGGCCAAGGGGGUCCGAGUCCGUCGCGCGCGCAGCCAUGAACCUGGCGAGCCAGAGCGGAGAGGCCGGCGCCGGCCAGCUGCUGUUCGCCAACUUCAAUCAGGAUAACACGUCCCUAGCUGUUGGUAGUAAGUCCGGGUAUAAGUUUUUCUCCCUUUCUUCUGUGGAUAAGCUGGAACAGAUCUAUGAAUGCACUGACACCGAAGAUGUCUGCAUUGUGGAGAGAUUGUUCUCAAGCAGCUUGGUGGCCAUUGUCAGUCUCAAAGCUCCCAGGAAGCUGAAGGUUUGCCACUUUAAGAAGGGAACUGAGAUAUGCAACUACAGCUACUCCAACACAAUACUGGCUGUGAAGCUGAACAGGCAGAGGCUCAUUGUGUGUCUGGAAGAGUCACUCUAUAUACACAACAUCCGAGACAUGAAGGUACUUCAUACCAUCCGAGAGACACCUCCAAACCCUGCAGGCUUGUGUGCACUGUCAAUAAACAAUGACAACUGCUACUUGGCGUAUCCAGGGAGUGCGACCAUUGGAGAGGUGCAGGUCUUCGACACCAUUAACUUGAGGGCUGCAAACAUGAUCCCAGCUCAUGACAGUCCCUUAGCAGCCCUGGCUUUUGAUGCAAGUGGGACCAAGCUUGCCACUGCUUCUGAGAAGGGGACUGUGAUUCGGGUGUUUUCCAUUCCAGAGGGACAGAAGCUAUUUGAGUUCAGAAGAGGAGUGAAAAGGUGUGUGAGCAUCUGCUCCCUGGCCUUCAGCAUGGACGGCAUGUUCCUCUCCGCAUCCAGCAACACCGAAACAGUGCACAUCUUCAAACUUGAGGCUGUGAGGGAAAAACCUCCGGAAGAGCCUACCACCUGGACUGGCUACUUUGGGAAGGUUCUCAUGGCAUCUACCAGCUACCUGCCCUCACAAGUGACAGAAAUGUUCAACCAGGGCAGGGCCUUUGCCACCGUCCGCCUGCCAUUCUGUGGCCACAAAAACAUCUGCUCACUAACCACAAUUCAGAAGAUCCCACGGUUGCUGGUAGGAGCAUCAGAUGGCUAUUUGUACAUGUACAACCUGGACCCCCAAGAAGGCGGCGAGUGUGCACUGAUGCGUCAGCACAGGCUUGAUGGCAGUAUGGAGACAACCAGUGAAAUUGUAGACUCUGCAUCUCAUGACUGCCCCUUAGCAACGCAGACAUACGGCACAGCAGCUGCCAAAGGUGCCUAUGUGCCCUCGUCCCCCACAAGACUUGGUAAAGGGCAGGACGCCAACUUAGAAGCUUACACAGAUGACCUGGGUGCUGUGGGUGGUGCAUGCCUAGAGGAUGAAGCCAGCGCUCUGCGCCUGGAUGAAGAGAGCGAACAUCCUCCCAUGAUUCUUCGGACUGACUGAUCCUGACCUGUGAACUCUGGCCCAGGAGCAGACAACACUGGCCUGGCUGAGGACUUGAGCAUUGCUGCUAUGAACUUUGACCUGAAUUGAGGGAGAGGAUGGCAGAGACUUUAAAGCAAAGAGGUUGUAGUUAUAGCCUACCCGUACUGUUGAGAAAAUACAGUUUUCACUUCAGUGACUUUAAUCCUGCCUAUGAAUUUAGCUUUUUAUUUUCUCUCACUCUUUAAUUUUUAACCUUUUUUUUUUUUUUUUUUUUUUUUUUUUUUUUUUUUUUUUUUUUUUUUGCCAAAAUUAACUAUUUGGUGAAGUCUGUGGAGUCUCCUUGCUUUGCAUGUGUGAUGUGCCAAGCCAACAUAGGAGAGCAAGUGGAGUGGCCACUCCAUAGCGAACCACAGUUGUCAGGUCUCAUGCCAGGGCACGCAUGAAGAAGUGUCUGCGUGCAGUGAUUCUGCAGGGACAGGGCCCAUGUGCCUACCAAGACCAGCCAGGGUACCAGUGGACAGUGGCCUCUGUCAGGAGUCCUCUUGCCCUACUGCCUCACCUGGGCCAUUUUCCCUCCCAAUUUAUUAAACUCUUUCCAGGUUGAAUCAUUCUGAGACUAGCUUCCUCCACGGGGGACUAUUGUUUUGGGUCUUAGUCUCCAUGGGCAUCUUGAGAGGGAGAGAGGCAAUUUCUGCUCUCUGUGCCUUCUCUUCUGACAGAUAAACUUGGCAGUCUGCUGGGGCAGCCUGGAGCCAAGAAAGACGAUUUCGUCAGUGUCGUUAAAUGCUCUGUCUCCUACUGUCCCCAUCCAUAACUGUGACUUGGUUUUUUGUUUUUAAAGGAGAGUCUAUAGCUACUCCAAUUCCUGAAAAAGCACAAAGGUGUAAAAUGCUGUCAGGCAUCAGUCUCUGCUGACCUGGAGCUGUGCAAUCUGCCAGAGGCUCUUCUUCCUCCCCAGAGAUAGCAGACAGUAGAGAGGCCCCGGGGAGACUGCCAGAGACUCCCUCCCGGGGUGAUGUGCCUUUUCUUUCAGUUUUACAAGGGCAGGAAAGUGAGGUCAGAUGUCAGUUCUGCCCUGCGCCUGUCUGCUUUUGAUUGUUUGAUAUCUAGGGAAAGUGUGGUCUCACACUACAGCCCAGGCUCUGGAACUCAUUAUAUCGCUCAGGCUGGUCUCAGACUCACAGCAGUCUCCCUGCCUCAACUUCCUGAGAGUUGGAAUUACAGGUACCACUGUGUCAGGCUCCUUUCUCAGCUCUACAGAAUGAAAAGUUGAGGUCCUCAAAGUGCAUUGUAAACAACAGACCCUAGCAGUGAAGCCUGAGGGUGUGGCGUGUGGCUUCUGCAUGAACAUGGCUUUAGGUGCAGGGGUUUUGGAACAGGAAAUCAGGAUAAUAUCAGGGUAACCCAGCCCAGGUCAGGCAUCUGGACAAGAGGGACUGCAGGUAGCUGCCUUCAGACCAGUGUGGUUAUGUCUGGUAGAGUGUGUCUGCAGGGUUCCUGCAGGUAAAUCUGUUCUUGCUGUUCAAAGGAUAGCUAAUCACAUGAGUGGGUUUUGAGGGCCUCCCACUGAUAGUCCUGUCUGCUGUUGGCACCUGUGUCCUGGAGCAUCUGAGGAGCCACACUAUGUACAGUUUAUGAGGUGGGGUGAGGCUGGGUGUGUGUGAGUGUCCUGGACCCUGAUAACAUGGGACCCCAGCCCGUAGUCUGGUUCAGUGAGUGCUGACAGGAACAGACUGGGAGGCAUGCCGAGCUGAUUGGGAGCUGGAGUUUCCUAACCAAAGAGUGUGAUUUACCGGUAUGGUAGUGACCUUGGCCCUGCACACUGUGGGUGUGGGGCUCAGCUCCAUCUGCUGAGGUUCCCUCUCUUGGGAGGUGGUAUUCCAAAAACAUGUUGGAACUCAUUUCUCCCUUUUAGCCUGUGUUUCUUCACUUGAAAAUUUGAUCAGAAAAAGCCUCUUUGGGGGUUUGGGGCUGUGCCUUCAAUCUUGCCAGGCUGGGCAGAUUUGGUGAGCCUUCCUCUCUUGGGACAGAUGUGCCUAUGCAUCCCACAGAGAUCAGAAAAGCAAAAGAUUAGACUCCGCUGACCUCGGGCUAUAUGUGCACCACUUGCAGGCCUCAAGUGAGGGAGGAGAGAAUAAGUAGCGGUGGAGCCAGCUGAGGAGCUGAGUCAGUAGGAUAUAUGCUCAUGUAAGUGCUGAGCCCAGGCCCACAGCAGGGGUCAGUUUUAAGAUUUUAUUCCAAAGUUAAGAGAAAAUUUUAGAAUCCAGUGUGGCACACACCUGUAAUCCCAGCCAGCAGUCAGUAGAGUGAGGCAGGAGGAUUGCUGUAAGUUUGAGGCCAGCCCAGACUAUACACUUCUGGGCAAACCUGGCCUACAGAGUGAGACCCUGUCUCAAAAAAACCAAAGGAUGAUGACUUUAAAAAAAAAAAAAAAAGACUGCGGGGAAUGGGAGUUUGAAAACCCCCCAAAAUUUUAAGACUAGUUUGGAUUGGGACCAAAGCUUUUGUAUUUUCUCAAACAAUGAAAGCAAGAGUUGGGAGUCCCUUGUCCUGCCUACACCAACAGCAUGAGCUAGGGGCAGGUCUCAGGGGCCCGGGCUUGGACUGUACAAGAAGAACCCUACCUCACAGGGCUGUUGUGAGGUGUGGGAGGGAAUGGCCUGUGAGCACCCAGCGCUGGGUCUGGCCAGCAGUGGACUCCAAUAAACACUAAAACUGAAACCUCCCGGAGUAAAGUGAAUGGUUUUUGUUCAGCUCUGCCCUCUGCCUACAAAGCUAGGUGGAGGACAGUCUUGCAGUGGAGGGUAUGUGCAAGUGUGCCCUUGCCUGUCUUGCUCCUUAGUACAAAGAAAAAGGGAGACUGUGGGUCUGUCUUGAAGGCAGUGAUGCGGAGAUACCUCUGCUGGACAUCAAGCAUGGACCAGUUAGCACAGGUUUGAGACCACAGGCUACAGCAGCAAAUUCCCUGCCUAGCUCACCUGGAGCUGCCCAACUCUGCCCUCUUGUGGACGCUGGAGCUUCAAGGCUUCGACUCCUGCCAAGUCGGCUUGGUAACUUUGCUCUCACAGUUUGACUUGGAGACGAGGCUCGACAGCAGGUGUGUUGCUUGGAAAAGACUAGAAUAUUUUGGUCACAGCUCAGCUGAGACGAGGAAUGUGUGCCUUGCUCAGCUCCACUCUCCAUGGUUCUUUUUGUUUUAUUUUUGAAACGAUCUUACAAUUUAGCCCAGGCUGCAGUCAGACUUAAGAGCAUGCUGCCUCUGCCUGCCUUGUUCUGGGACUACAGGCACAAGCCAGCACAUCCAAGCUUUUAUCAAGACAAUGACAUAAAGAUGCAUGUUCCAACGGUCCUGUACCCCAAGUCUUUGUAGCUCCUGCUCUCUGCAUGCUAGCCAUGACCAAAUCACUUGUUUGGAACAUCUGAUAUCCCCGGUGUGAGGAGAGCCAGUCCAGUGGUGGCCUGUGUGAAAAAUGUCUUUUGGGGGACGAAGCCUGUUGGGAAUGCACACUAAUAGCUGCCUGCCAAGCACAAGGGUUUUACUGUUGCUUAAGUUCUUGCCCUGACUGUAAUCCUUGACCUGUCUUAUACUGUUUGUACUCUGCGGGUUUUGGGAAACCCAAGGGAGAGAAAAGGAACAACUGCUCUGGAUUGGGAGGCAAGAUCAGCUCUUCUCUGGUGUCUGACAAGGAAUCUCUUAAUUUUGAAAAAUUAAACCUCUUUAAAG